UUCAGUUUCAACUUCCUCUCCCUCCCCCUCACCAUCUCUCCUGUAUAUACAUACCUUCCCUAUGAAUUAUUCAUAGCGUUGUAUCUCCUUCUUCUGCUGCAUUCUCACAUGGCGGGUCUGUUCUACUCCUCCUCGAAACCCACUUCGUCUUCUUCCUCUUCAUCACCACCAUCAUCACCACCAUCCUCCCCUUACUCGCGUCUUCUAUUGCUCGUGACCCUUCUCCCUCUCUCCCUCGCCUGUUUCGCCUUCGUCCUCCAAUGGCGCGGCGGGCUCGACGACCCGGUUACCCAUUGGUCCACGGAUCAUCGCGAGUUCCCCGGAAUGGCCUCGACCCACGAGAAGAAACAACGCUCCUUGCGUGGUCGUUCGAAUUCUGAUUCGGGGUGCGUUGAUCUUCUGGGUCAGAGCCGUGCGCCUUCGUUUCCUUAUUUCAGGGACUGGAGCUUCGAUUACCAGUCGGAUCUGAAUCCUAAGAUAUGCAUUACAACAAGCACUUCUGCUGGAUUAGAGCAAACACUGCCGUGGCUGUUCUAUCACAAAGUUAUUGGUGUUUCAACGUUUUAUCUAUUUGUUGAAGGGAAGGCUGCUUCUCCAAACGUGUCUCGAGUUUUGGAGAGCAUACCAGGUGUAAAAGUUAUACACAGGACUAAAGAGUUAGAAGAGCAGCAGGCUAAAAGCCGGAUAUGGAAUGAGACUUGGUUGGCGAGCUUCUUUUACAAACCUUGCAACUAUGAGUUAUUCGUGAAACAGUCCUUGAACAUGGAGAUGGCAAUCAAAAUGGCUCAGGAUUCUGGUAUGGAGUGGAUAAUUCAUCUUGACACCGACGAGCUUAUUUAUCCUUCUGGAACCUCCUAUGAGUAUUCUUUAAGAAAAUUGCUUGGAAAUAUCUCUGCAGAUGUGGAUGCAGUUAUCUUUCCAAACUAUGAGAGCAGCGUUGAGCGAGAUGAUAUCAAAGAACCUUUCAGUGAGGUAUCAAUGUUCAAGAAGAACUAUGACCAUCUUCCGAGGGAUGUUUACUUUGGAAACUAUAAAGAGGCCACUCGUGGAAAUCCAAAUUAUUUCUUAACUUAUGGAAAUGGAAAAGCUGCAGCUCGUGUUCAGAACCAUCUUCGUCCAAAUGGUGCUCAUAGAUGGCACAACUACAGGAAGAGUCCAAAAGAGAUCAAACUAGAAGAAUCGGCCAUUCUGCACUACACUUAUCCCAAGUUUUCAGAUCUUACUUCAAGACGUGACCGUUGUGGUUGCAAGCCUACUAAGGUGGAUGUUAAGAGGUGUUUCAUGUUGGAGUUUGACAGAGCUGCAUUUAUCAUUGCUUCAACCGCAAGCUCAGAGGAAAUGCUUCAAUGGUACAGAGAGCACGUUGUGUGGACAGACGACACAUUGAAGUUGAAACUCCUUAGGAAGGGAAUUCUAACUCGCAUUUAUGCCCCGAUGGUUAUAAUCCAAGAGUUAAGAGAGGCAGGUGUGUUCAGCUCGGUGGUAACCUCAGCUCACAUGUCUCUGAACAACUCUUCAACCGUAAGCAUAAGCCGAGAAUCAUCUCAGGUUCCUGGUAGGAGGAGGGUGUUGGAAUCCCAUCUUGAUCUUGACACUGAAUCUCAAGCAUCAGCCAUACCACCACAAUCACCUCCAGGCUUGGAAGCAACCCAAAUUGAACCAUUAUCUGAAUAGCUUUUUUUUUCAUAAAGAUGAGGCCCGUAGAAUGAUAUUCACAGGUUUUGAACAUGAGUUCUGGUGUACAUUUCGGAAAAGUUUUUUUUCCUUUAUAGGUUAUACACAGACACAGAUGAAUAGAGGGGUAUUAGAAUGUUAGCAGGCAUCUAUUCAUUCUAUGUAAUAUGCAGAAACACUUGAUCAUGUUGAUUAUAUUACUUCAAAUACAAAGUC